CACACCAGCCAGACAGCCUGCCCUCCACCCAGGGGAAGCGGCUGCCUCCGCCAGGCCGCUUCCAGGAAGCCCCGGGCCGGGCCCCAGCAUUGUUCAGGCCCGCAGUCAGCAACCCAGCCAGUCGCCAGACAUCAUGAAGUCCAGCGGCCCCGUGGAGAGGCUGCUCAGAGCCCUGGGGAGGAGGGACAGCAGCCGGGCCACCAGCAGGCCUAGGAAAGCCGAGCCACAUAGCUUCCGGGAGAAGGUCUUCCGGAAGAAACCACCAGUCUGUGCAGUGUGUAAAGUGACCAUCGACGGGACCGGCGUCUCAUGCAGAGUUUGCAAGGUGGCAACACACAGAAAAUGUGAAGCAAAGGUGACUUCGUCCUGUCAGGCCUUGCCUCCUGCUGAGCUGCGGAGAAACACGGCCCCGGUGAGGCGCAUAGAGCACCUGGGAUCCACCAAGUCUCUAAACCACUCAAAGCAACGCAGCACUCUGCCCAGGAGCUUCAGCCUGGACCCACUUAUGGAGCGCCGCUGGGACUUGGACCUCACUUACGUGACGGAGCGGAUCCUGGCUGCCGCCUUCCCCGCGAGGCCCGACGAGCAGAGACACCGGGGCCACCUGCGCGAGCUGGCUCACGUGCUGCAAUCCAAGCACCACGACAAGUACCUGCUCUUCAACCUUUCAGAGAAACGACAUGACCUGAUCCGCCUAAACCCCAAGGUCCAGGACUUCGGUUGGCCUGAGCUGCAUGCGCCCCCGCUGGACAAGCUGUGUUCCAUCUGCAAGGCCAUGGAGACGUGGCUCAGUGCUGACCCACAGCACGUGGUUGUACUGUACUGCAAGGGGAGCAAGGGCAAGCUGGGGGUCAUCGUCUCUGCCUACAUGCACUACAGCAAGAUCUCUGCAGGGGCGGACCAGGCAUUGGCUACGCUUACCAUGAGGAAGUUCUGCGAGGACAAGGUGGCCGCGGAGCUGCAGCCCUCCCAGCGCCGGUAUAUCAGCUACUUCAGCGGCCUCCUGUCCGGCUCCAUCCGAAUGAACAGCAGCCCUCUAUUCCUGCACUAUGUGCUCGUGCCCGUGCUGCCAGCCUUUGAACCUGGCACAGGCUUCCAGCCCUUCCUCAAGAUCUACCAGUCCAUGCAGCUCGUUUACACAUCUGGAAUCUAUCACAUUGCAGGCCCUGGGCCACAACAGCUUUGCAUCAGCCUGGAGCCAGCCCUCCUCCUCAAAGGCGAUGUCAUGGUGACCUGCUAUCACAAGGGUGGCCGGGGGACAGACCGGGCCCUGGUGUUUCGAGUCCAGUUCCACACAUGCACCAUCCACGGACCACGGCUCACCUUCCCCAAGGACCAGCUGGACGAGGCCUGGGCUGAUGAGAGGUUCCCCUUCCAAGCCUCGGUGGAGUUCGUCUUCUCCUCCAGCCCUGAGAAGAUCAAAGGCAACACCUCACGGAAUGACCCCUCAGUCUCUGUUGACUACAACACGGCAGAGCCUGCUGUCCGCUGGGACUCCUACGAGAACUUCAAUCAGCAUCACGAGGACAGUGUGGAUGGCUCCCCGACACACACCCGGGGACCUCUGGAUGGCAGUCCUUACGCCCAGGUGCAGCGGGGACCCCGCCAGAGCCCACCGGCGCCCUCUCCAGAGCCACCUCCACCCCCCAUGCUCUCUGUCAGCAGCGACUCCGGCCACUCGUCCACACUGACCACAGAGCCAGCUGCCGAGUCCCCUGGCCGGCCACCCCCGACAGCUGCUGAACAACAGGAGCUAGACCGCCUCCUGGGAGGCUGUGGAGUGGCCAGUGGGGGCCGGGGGGCCGGCCGUGAGACAGCCAUCAUAGAUGACGAAGAGCAGCCUCCCGCAGGUGGAGGCCCCCACCUCGGAAUGUAUUCCGGCCACAGACCCAGCCUUAGCCGCCACUGCUCCUGCCGCCAGGGCUACCGGGAGCCCUGCGGGGUCCCCAAUGGGGGCUACUACCGGCCAGAGGGAACCCUGGACAGGAGGCGGCUGGCCUAUGGGGGCUACGAGGGACACUCCCAGGGCUAUGCCGAGGCCUCUGUGGAGAAGAGGCGCCUCUGCCGAUCACUGUCUGAGGGGCCCUAUCCCUACCCCCCUGAGCUGGGGAAACCAGCCAAUGGGGACUUUGGCUACCGUCACCCAGGCUAUCGGGAGGUAGUGAUCGUGGAGGACCCUGGGAUGCCUGCCCUGUGCUCGUGUCCCGCCUGUGAGGAGAAGCUGGCACUACCCACUGCAGCCCUAUAUGGGCUGAGGCUGGAGAGGGAGGCUGGAGAGGGAUGGGCAGGGGAGGCUGGCAAGCCUCUCCUGCACCCGGUGCGGCCCGGGCACCCACUGCCCCUGCUGGUGCCUGCCUGCGGGCAUCACCAUGCCCCAAUGCCUGACUACAGCUGCCUGAAGCCACCCAAGGCAGGCGAGGAAGGGCAUGAGGGCUGCUCCUAUGCCAUAUGCCCUGAAGGCAGGUAUGGGCAUCCAGGGUACCCUGCCCUGGUGACAUAUGGCUAUGGAGGAGCAGUUCCCAGUUACUGCCCAGCAUAUGGCCGGGUGCCUCAUAGCUGUGGCUCUCCAGGUGAGGGCUCUAGAGGGUAUUCCAGUUCUGGUGCCCACUCCCCACGAGCUGGCUCCAUUUCCCCGGGCAGCCCACCCUACCCACAAUCCAGGAAGCUGAGCUACGAGAUCCCUGCAGAGGAAGGAGGGGACAGGUACCCGAUGCCUGGGCACCUGGCCCCAGCAGGACCCUUAGCAUCUGCAGAAUCACCUGAGCCAGCAUCCUGGAGGGAGGGCCCCAGCGGACACAGCACCCUGCCUCGGUCUCCCCGUGAUGCUCAAUGCAGUGCCUCUUCUGAGCUGUCUGGCCCCUCCACACCCCUGCACACCAGCAGCCCAGUCCAGGGCAAGGAAAGCACCCGACGGCAGGACACCACCUUGGUGCCCGCUCAGAGACUAAGUCCUGGAGAAGCCUUGCCGUCCAUUCCCCAAGGAAGCACUGAAAAGGGUCCUGAGCUGCCAGUGCGAAGCGGGCUUGAGCUCCCAGCCACCAGCGCCUUCUCCCCCACCUCCCCGCCCAGCUCACCCGACUGGCCUCAGAAGAGCCCGGGGAACUGCUCAGACAGCACCAGUCCCAGAGGCCCUGUGCCCACCACACUGCCUGGCCUCCGCCAUGCCCCCUGGCAGGGAAUUCGAGACCCCCCAGAUAGCCCGGAUGGGUCCCCCCUCACCCCUGUGCCCACCCAGAUGCCCUGGCUUGUGGCCAGCCCAGAGCCACCCCAGAGCUCACCCACACCUGCCUUCCCCCUGGCUGCAUCCUAUGACAUCAAUGGCCCCACCCAGCCCCCACUUCCUGAGAAACGCCAUUUGCUGGCACCUGGGCAACAGCCAGGACCCUGGGGCCCAGAGCAGGCAUCACCACCAGCCAGAGGCACCAGUCACCAUGUCACCUUUGCACCUCUGCUCCCGGAUAAUGUCCCCCAGCCCCCAGAGCCCCCUGUGCAAGAGAGCCAGAGCAAUGUCAAGUUCGUCCAGGAUACAUCCAAGUUCUGGUACAAACCACACCUGUCCCGUGACCAAGCCAUUGCCCUGCUGAAGGACAAGGACCCUGGGGCCUUCCUCAUCAGGGACAGUCAUUCAUUCCAAGGAGCCUAUGGGCUGGCCCUCAAAGUGGCCACACCUCCACCCAGCGCCCAGCCCUCGAAAGGGGACCCCUUGGAACAGCUGGUCCGCCAUUUUCUCAUUGAAACUGGGCCCAAAGGGGUGAAGAUCAAAGGUUGUCCCAGUGAGCCCUACUUUGGCAGCCUGUCAGCCCUGGUCUCCCAGCAUUCCAUCUCCCCGCUGUCCCUGCCCUGCUGCCUGCGUAUCCCCAGCAAAGAUCCUCUAGAGGAGACUCCAGAGGCCCCAGUGCCCGCCAACAUGAGCACAGCAGCAGACCUCCUACGUCAGGGUGCCGCCUGCAGUGUGCUCUACCUGACCUCGGUGGAGACAGAGUCCCUGACAGGCCCCCAGGCAGUGGCCCGGGCCAGCUCUGCAGCUCUGAGCUGCAGUCCCCGGCCGACCCCAGCCAUCGUCCACUUCAAGGUCUCUGCCCAGGGCAUUACGCUGACCGACAACCAAAGGAAGCUCUUCUUUCGCCGCCAUUAUCCAGUGAACAGCAUCACCUUCUGCAGCACUGAUCCUCAGGACCGGAGAUGGACCAACCCUGACAGGACCACUUCCAAGAUCUUUGGUUUCGUGGCCAAGAAGCCAGGAAGUCCCUGGGAGAAUGUGUGUCACCUCUUUGCAGAGCUUGACCCAGAUCAGCCUGCUGGCGCCAUUGUCACCUUCAUCACCAAAGUCCUGCUGGGCCAGAGAAAGUGAAGGAAGGCCACAAGCUCAGAGCCCACUUCAACACCACGCACCUCUCAGCACCCCACAGCCCUCAUUUCCCCUGGCCUGGGCCCAGGAGACCCAGGUGCCAGCCCUCUCCCUUACUUAGGAAAGAGGAGUGGCCGUCAGCCUGGGACACUGCUCUCCUUCCCUGCCCCCAGCCCGCUAAGCCAAGUGGAUGGGCCUGUGAGAUGACCUUGCACGUGAGCAGAUGGCAGAGAUGGGUGUGUGAAGGGUGAGGAGGCACGAGCAGUUGAACCCUGGAGCUGACCUGGACAGCCCCACCUGUGCGAGAACAGAAAAUCAGCCUGGAGGGGAGAAGGGGCCUGCCGGCUCCACCCAGCUGCAGGUCCCAGCCUGGCAGGGAGAAGGGGAAGAGGUGUGGGGAGCAAGGCACUCCCUCCUCCACCUCCCCCUCUGAGCAGAGAGAUCAGAGUGGGAUCAAAUGAAAAGGGGGGGAAAGAGUCUAUUUUUGUCUAAUAAAGAGAUUCUAUAACAUUUACUCAGAA